CAUACAAUAUGACAAGUUGGCUCUUGCUAUGAGCGAGCAAGAACCGGGCUUACUGUCCUGGUUUUGCUCGUAUUUUUAAAUUCAAUAUAUUACUAAUACACUUCCACUACAACUUCAUCACCAACCACAUAAAACUUCCCAAUUCUUUGUUCCUUGUUUUUGGUUUUCUAUUAAUUUUUUUCCCCUAUUCCUCUUUCUCUCUUCACUCUCAAGGUGAGUUUUUGGACAAAAAUACUAAGAAAGACGAGUAAAGGCAGUAGCUGAUAACAAAUCUGGAAGGAGACCAUGGCAGAAGAUGACAUUUACACAAAAGAUGGAACGGUGGACGUCCAUGGAAAACCUGCUAAUAAGAAGAAGACUGGAAAUUGGAAAGCAUGCCGCUUCAUUCUUGGAAAUGAAUGUUGUGAAAGGUUAGCAUACUAUGGGAUGAGUACCAAUCUUGUGAACUAUCUUCAGGAUCGUCUCAACCAGGGAAAUGUCACCGCAUCGAAUAAUGUUACGAAUUGGUCUGGAACUUGCUACAUCACACCAUUAAUUGGAGCCUUCCUAGCAGAUGCAUACUUGGGAAGAUAUUGGACGAUUGCUGGUUUCUCAAUUGUUUAUGUCUUUGGGAUGACACUCUUAACGCUGUCUUCAUCGGUCACUGGACUAAAGCCAUCAUGUAACAAGGAUGGUUGCCAGGCAACUACUUCACAGGCUGCUGUUUGCUUUGUAGCUCUUUAUUUGAUUGCACUUGGUACUGGUGGAAUCAAGCCUUGUGUUUCAUCUUUUGGUGCGGAUCAAUUUGAUGAAACUGAUGAGACUGAGAAGAAAAAGAAGAGUUCUUUUUUUAAUUGGUUUUACUUGUCAAUCAAUAUUGGAGCACUAAUUGCAUCAUCAGUCUUGGUUUGGAUACAAAUGAAUGUGGGAUGGGGAUGGGGCUUUGGAAUCCCGGCAGUGGCAAUGGCCAUUGCAGUUGUGUCUUUCUUCUCAGGCAGCAGGUUAUACCGCCUUCAAAAACCUGGUGGAAGUCCCUUUACAAGGAUAUUUCAGGUUAUUGUUGCCUCCUUUCGGAAAUUGAAUGUAGAAGUUCCUGCUGAAGAGUCUCUACUCUAUGAGACUGCUGACAUGGAAUGUAAUAUCAAAGGAAGCCGUAAGCUUGAGCACACAGACAAGCUAAAGUUCUUUGAUAAGGCUGCUGUGGAGACGCAGACUGACAGCAUAAAGGGCUUGACAAACCCAUGGAGGCUCUGUACAGUUACUCAAGUUGAGGAGCUGAAGUCCAUUAUCCGGUUGCUUCCAGUAUGGGCAACGGGAAUAGUCUUUUCUACUGUAUACAGUCAAAUGAGCACCAUGUUUGUGUUGCAAGGCAAUACGAUGGACCAGCACAUGGGCCCACACUUCAAGAUUCCAUCUGCAUCUCUCUCCCUCUUUGAUACUCUGAGUGUGAUCUUCUGGGCUCCUGUAUACGACCAAAUCAUUGUCCCUUUUGCAAGAAGGUUCACUGGCCACGAACGAGGCUUCACCCAGCUUCAACGUAUGGGCAUUGGCCUUGUCAUAUCCAUCAUUGCCAUGAUCGCUGCUGGGGUUUUGGAGGUUAUCCGGCUUGACAAUGUGAGGAAGAACAACUAUUACGACCUUGAGUACAUUCCCAUGUCAAUUUUCUGGCAGGUCCCGCAAUACUUCCUUAUAGGGUGUGCAGAAGUUUUCACAUUCAUAGGACAGUUGGAGUUUUACUAUGACCAGGCACCGGAUGCUAUGAGAAGCUUAUGCUCGGCUCUCUCACUCACAACUGUCGCAUUAGGCAAUUACUUGAGCACGCUGCUUGUUACCAUUGUAACUAAAGCCACCACCAGGGGUGGGAAGCUUGGUUGGAUUCCAGAUAACUUGAACAGGGGGCAUCUUGACUAUUUUUACUGGCUCUUGGCCGUUCUUAGUCUGCUCAACUUCUUUGUUUAUCUCUGGAUUUCCAAGUGGUAUACUUACAAGAAGGUUGCAGGGCAUCCUGGCUGAUAUUACCCUUGACGACCUGAUAGUUAGUUUUUCAGUUCAUCUUAUAGCCUACUUUUACUAUUGUUUUAAUUUUUCAGUUAGUUUUAAUGGUACUUGUAAAUAUUGCUUGGGAUUUACUUUAAUUCUCAAUAUUAAUAUGACGUGUUUGUUAGCUGUUUUAUGUUUU